AUGUUUUAGUACGAUUCUAAUAUGGGGAACAAGCAUGCAAGUUCUGGCCUAGCAGACGGUCGAAACAAUGAGGAUAGCAACCAAUAUGGAUAUAUUUACAUAGUAAUGGAUAGGUACUAUGCCAUUGCUGGUCAACAGUUUACAGGAGCUGUGUAUUUGUGAUUGAGAGAAAGAUACCCAGCAGCCAAGGUUGAUAUUGAGAUCAAUGGGCUUGAGAAAUUAUCAUGGAUAGCAAAUGAAGGGACAGAGUCGAAGGUGAAAUUGUCUAAUAGAAAUGAAAUCAUUUCACAAAUAAUUACAAUUUAUAAUUUUCAUAAUCAUACAGCUGAAGCUGGGCAAUACACUUUCCCAUUCAGCAUUGAAAUUCCUGAUGAUUGCUGAUCUAGCUUUUCUUUUUAUGGAAAGAAGCAAUCUAAGGCAAGAGUUGUAUAUACAAUAGAAGCUGCUUUGAAACCAGAGGAUGGAUCUAGACUUAAAAAUAUAUCAUACAAAUCUGUCUUAGCAGUGAAAGAGCCAGUCCCAGAAGUCCUGAGCAACUUUUCUAAAAAUGAGGAAGCACUUGUAAACAGCUGGUUUGGAUUGAAGAAGCAUGGAUCAGUUGGAAUAAACUUAGAUUUUGAUAAAGAUUGCUAUGCUAGCAACGAAAUAAUUACUGUGAGAUGUGCUAUCGAUAAUUCUCAAUGUGCGACUCCAAUUAAAUCUAUUGAACUUUUGAUGAACCAAAACAUCAAUCUCAAGUCUUCAAUCGGAAUAACGCACAAAAAGACUUACGAAAAGUACAAGAAAAAGUUUGAAGCUCCUUUUGAAGAUUUUAUCGAGGGUUCUGGAACAGAACUCCAAAUCAAUCUUAAUCAAGUUUCUGGAAUUAUCGAUCCAGAGAAAAUUUAUCAAUGGUUCAAAGAUAAUAGUAAAGAAAGAGCUCUGACGCAACAACUUCAGCCUACCGUGACUAGCAAAUAUGCUCAAAUUAACUACUCCGUGUGUCUAAAGGUAUCCUUUGGAAUAAAGUCUCGAAAAUUCACAAAAUGUGAGGUCCCAAUUACUAUACAAGUUCCUGAACCUGUUCGAUUCCAUGAAAUCGAGGCUCCAGAAGGGUGGAAUCCUAUUUCUUUGGCAGAUAGCCAAUCUUCUAGCUCAUUUAUAAGUUCUUCUACUGACUAUGAGCAAGCUCCAUUUCCUCUACCUGGAAUCUACUCUUCAAUUUGACAAGAAGAGCCAUGUCCUGUGCGCACAAGUCAACUGCAACAGGAUCAUGAGCAGGAAGUUGAUCUUUCUGAAUAUGUAAUUAUUUAACCAAAAAGAAUAAGUAUUUCAUAAUC